UCAUCUUUUUUAUUUGUCGUUCCGUCUUGUGUCCAAUCCUUACAUAGAAGGGCCCUUUGGCAGCCAAAAACUGCAAUGGUAAUGAUAUUUUUUAAACCUGCCGGCAUGACACCCGCAUUGCCUUCAGUCUAUCAUGCCUAUCCGCUAUCUUCUUAGCCUACAGCCUGCCUCAUGCGAUCUCUGGAGGAAGAGAGCGUGCUUCAUCGAUGUGGCUGUCAGGAACUGAACUUGAACCACGGCAGGCAAACGACUCCCUGCUCAAGCAUAUAAAUACUUCUCCCUACGUCUAUGCCUCUACUUUCUUUCCUUCUUCUACGUCCAGUGCUUCAGAAGACAGCCGUGCCUGACAACACGAGUGGAACCUCGUGCUAUCGCCAGCGAGGAAGUUCGCUUAGGAAUCGUAUUCCGCAAUACCCGUGUCCAAAGCCUUCUGAAGCGAACUACUCGCAGUGCAACUGCAAAUGGCAAGGAAACCUUUGGAAACAUCGGCUUGACACUAAUAUCUCACUACCUUCGGUCCAUUAUGCUUAUGCUACACCUUUUCAUUCAUUGGCCCACCUUCCGCGGGCAUUGAAGGGAGCUGGAUUUCUGCUAUGUUCUAUCUAUUAUACUGCCUGUUUGCUACUUGAAAACAGGAAUGUGGGAGACUCGAGUCGCAGCACACGCUUAAAGAAACCCCUUGCCGUGCCCCUAUCUCUAGAUCUUGUCAUUGUUCUCGAUCUUUCCUGUGAGCUAUCUUCAGGGAGGCAGCUUGCAGCAGGCACCCUCGUCAUACCACCACAAAAGUAGUCAUUAGAAUCCAUGAUAGCCUCGUCCAAGGGCUUUACUGCCAAACCUGUUGUGAUCUGGCUGCUAUGAUGAUACAUGUUUGAAACCACAUGCCACUGAUAUCUCGCUACAUUGAGUCCGU